CAAAGCGCUCCACGUUCCCCACCAUCGGAUCACAGCUGCAUCUUUUCGGCCUCGAGUGGUUCGUUCUUCCGAACUUCCCACCUUUUGCUGCGUAAUCAAACCGCCCAUAGAUCUUUUCCUCUCUCUCUAGUUGCUCCCUAAAGCUUCCGCCGAGCUGCCGCUGUCAAUUCUUCAAGCACUUGUACUCUCGAUUUUCCUCUCUACGAUUAGAGCAACAGCCCUAGACAGCAUCGGCCGUCUCGAUGGCCUCGGCGCCAAUCAUGCGAAGCCUCUCGAGGCGUCCUCUGCUGCACGACUUCUCGCCGAAUCUGGUCUGCCGUAAUUGCAAGCUCCAGCGUCGCCAAUUUGCGUCUGCUCGGCCUCCAGCUUCGGGGUUGGCUGCUUUGUCCUCGAGGCAGCUGCUCUCUGUAACUGGUCCCGACGCGGCCAAGUUUCUACAGGGAAUAAUCACUGCCAACGUCGUCUCUAGCAAGGGCGAGCCUCGAACCGACGCCUUCUAUACGGGAUUCCUGAAUGCGACAGGAAGGGUGCUGCACGAUGUCUUUAUAUACCCAGUUCGGGGCGACCCGGCGCAAGAGGGGGACGGCUUCUUGAUCGAGGUGGAUGCGGCGCAGAUCAACGCGCUGGCAAAGUAUAUCAAGCGGUACAAGCUUAGGGCCAAAGUAGCCUUUCGAGCAAUAGAAUCGGGCGAAAUAUCUGUUUGGCAUGCGUGGAACGACACUCCCGGUUCGCAGCUCAACAUCACACCAAACGAAUCUAGAAUUGUCUACGAAGACCCUCGAGCGCCCGGUUUGGGAUACAGAAUCAUCCAACUUGCGGGCCAAAAGGCGCCAGAGGUGGACAUUGAUCAGACGACCGAAGAUGCAUACACGAUUCGUCGAUAUCUACACGGCGUCGCAGAGGGCCAGGACGAGAUCUUGCGCGAACAGGCCCUGCCCCUCGAGAGCAACAUGGAGUUUAUGAACGGCGUCGACUUCCACAAGGGCUGCUACGUAGGCCAAGAGCUGACCAUCCGCACCAAGCACCGCGGCGUGGUCCGCAAGCGCAUCCUGCCCUGCGUCAUCUACGACAAGGCCAAGGCGGCUCCCCCGAGCCUCGUCUACGAGCCCGAGAGCGGCUCCCCCGAGACGCUGACGGCAGACAUGAUUCCCGCCGAAACCAGCAUCGGGCGGUCCGGCAAGCGAGGCCGCAGCGCCGGCAAGUGGCUUCGCGGGGUGGGAAACAUUGGGCUGGGGCUGUGCCGUCUGGAGAUUAUGACGGACGUGGUGCUGCCGGGGGAGCAGGCGGCGGCGACGUUCAAGGAUGGCGAUGAGUUUGAGCUGGAAUGGGGAGAGGAGGAUAACAAGAGCGGCGUCAAGGUCAAGGCCUUUGUCCCGGAGUGGCUGAGACGGAAACUGGAUGAACAGCACCAGUAAUGAGCAUAGACUUGGUGUGUGUAUUACUAUUACUAUGAGGCAGUAUAUUUCAUGUGUGUACGAGUCGUGUACGAUAUUUGGACGAAAGAUAAUGAUACAACCUUUCUUUGGACCAGAUGUGGCUGUUCACAGUGCGAUUAAACGUGUCGGCGCACCCACAAAAGUAUACAGGCCAGGAAUAACACUCAAUCUGCC